AUGCCGUUAGCACGAGAUUUAUUGUACCCAGAUCCACAGAAGGAACGGGAACGGUGUAAGUUGAAGAGGUUAGUGCAGCAACCGAAUUCUUUCUUCAUGGAUGUAAAGUGCCCUGGUUGUUACAAAAUUACAACGGUAUUCAGUCAUGCUCAAUCCGUAGUAGUUUGUGUUGGAUGUAAUACGGUACUUUGUCAACCAACCGGUGGUAAAGCCCAUCUAACAGAAGGAUGUUCUUUUCGGAAAAAGCAGCAUUAA